AUGUUGUGUGGAUUUGGUCGGCGACGUUUUCGUAAUCGUUUUGUCGCAUUUUUAACCGCCAUGGUAACUUUCUCAAUAGUAUCAUUUAUACUUUCUUACAAUCCAAAAAUAACAACAAAUGAAAGAAAUAUAACAAAUAUUGAAAAAUUGGGUUCACGUCUAUUUUGUGUGCUAGUACAUACAAAGCCAACACACGAAAAUUUUCUUAAUUUAACUAAUAUAACAUGGACUAAAGGUUGUCAUAAAAUUAUUGUUGUCAGACAUAAACAAUUGUCAACAUCUGAUAAUGACUUAAAUCCUGCUCAAAAACCAUAUCAUAUAGAUCUAUGGAAAAACAUUCUUGCUAGUAUUCGCCAAUCGAUACGUUUUUAUGAAUUUAUUUCAACUAAAGAUUCAAUGGUCAUUGUUCCUCCAUCCACAUUUGUCUUUCGAGAAAAGUUAGUAUCUCUUUUUGAGACUUCUACAAAGAAUUCUCAAUCGCCAUUCAUCAUUAUUUAUGAGCAAAAAGAUGCGCAUGCUUACAUUCUUAAUGGUCCAGCUUUGCAUCAUAUACGAAACACUAAAUUAAUCGAUUCAUGUUUACAACAAUCAUAUCCAGGUGCACGUGAAACAUACUUAUGGAAAUGUGUAAAAACUAAAUUACGCGAUCAACAAAAUGAUUCAAUAUGUGAAAAUAAUCAAUGUUUUAUUCAAUACCAUCGUAAUCCACUAACAAUUGCUGAUAUUAAAAAUGGAUUUUGUUUGCAGAGUAAUUUUCGUGAAUGUCAAUCAAUAACUUUAUUGUAUCCAGUAACAUUUAGUGACAUGAUAAUGUUAGAUUUUUUUAAAUAUAGAUUAAAACCAAAAGCUUGA